AUGUCCUGUCUUGAUAAGUCCGUAGACCUGAGGCUGAUGCUAUGCACCAAAAGAAUCAUAACUACUUUAACAGUGAGUAAUUUUGCUCUCCUUUGUCUGAAUUACUUGGAUUCUUUCAUCUGGAGCAUUAUAAUAUUGCAUUAUAGUGCAGACUCUAUUGGGGCUUGUGACGAUGAGAUGGAUAGCAUCAGAAGUCUAGUUAGUUCUGCCACUUUUGACCCGAAAGUGAAGGGUGGGUUAAGAUGGCGCUUUGGGAAGGAGUCUUCUGGAGACCGCUACACUGUUGUUGGGGUUUGGCAUAUAAAAGCUAAAGCAUAUAGAGGUUCAUCAAUUAGGCUUAAGAUCCGAGAUGCAGAUAGAUUUGACUUCCUGUCUUCAGCUGGUGAAGUUACAUGCGAGGUCACUGUGAAAAUGACUUCAAUAGUAUCACACUUGCGGGUGAGUUUUUGUGUGGUAGUUGAUUCUGUAAUCUGCUUGUGUAGAUGA